AAGUCUAGUACUCUAGGACUGGUUAGGACACCGUUUUUUUGUAUCUGAAUCAAUCUUGUACCGCCAAAGAGUUUAGAGUAUUCUUCGAUCUGUGUCUUUAACAUUUUACCCCUUUCUUUGUCUCUAAAAAUGUCCCAAAUGAGAGAACCGCCGAUUCUUCGACGGAGGAAUAACCAUCUUCCGUACGACAUCGUACUGAAGAUCAUGGAAAGGGUACCGGUGAAAUCAGUGAUGAGAUUCAGGUGCGUUUCCAAAUCCAUGGACUCCUUAAUCACCAGUCACGAUUUCAUCUCCACCCACCUUAAUAACAUCAACAAAAAUCAUGAUCAUGAAAAUGGUUAUGUCAUUCACAUGCCCUCGUGGGAAACAAGUGACCUUUUGUCUUCAUCUCCUCAUCCUGACACAUCAGUCUGUACGGUCGCCUCCGAUCGCACGUUUGAUAGGAUUUCUGAGGUCAGAAUUCCCUUUGAUUUUGAUUUUAAGUGCGCCCAAAUACUGGGUUCCUGCAAUGGCUUAUUGUGUUUAGCCACUUUGGAUAAUGUUAUAUGUUUGUGGAACCCCAGCAUUAGAAAAUUCAAGAGGUUGCCCGAUACUUGCUUACGAAAGUUAAAGUCUGUAAGACUCGGAUUUGCCUAUGAUUCCGAGAAUGAUGACUACAAGGUUGUCAGGAUUUCAUCUGUUCCUUAUUUUGCACGAGAGAUUGAGGUGUACACAUUAAGUUCAGAUUCAUGGAGAAGGGUUGAAAUCUCAUUGACAAACAGUAUUAUCCUCUACCCUAACGAGCUUGAGCCAGCCCCAUUUGUUAGAGCUUUGCACUGGAUGGCACUUACCAUAGAUGGACAAUGCCUUCGUCGGAGAAGGUCUAUUAUGUCAUUUGAUGUCAAAACUGAGACAUUCAGAGAGCUAGCACUGCCCAAUUAUACUGGCAAGCCCUACUGUAUUGCAUUAUUCAAAGGGAAACUGACUUUCACUACACUUGAAAAACAUGGCCGCCAAUACUCCAUAUGGGCGAUGAAGAAGUAUGGUGUGGUUGAGUCUUGGAAUAAAAUUUUUGUUGUACUAUUUCAAAGAGCACCUUAUUGCCUUGCCUUUACCGAGUAUGGUUCACUUCUGGUUUCCUACUGCUACACCAUUAAUCCAAUGAAUAUUCAGGAAUUUAAGUUUGUAUUGAUUGACACUGAAACUCUACAUGAGAAGAAGGAUCCUGAUAUCCAACAUCCUUCAUAUGUAGCUACUUUCAUGGAGAGCCUUGUUUUACUUGAUGGAGCAAACUUGGCGUCUUACUAAACAGAUGGUGGUGUGCAUAUGAGAAUGAAGUCAUUAGUGGAAAUGAAGUGUGUUGCAGUAAAGGAAUGAGUAAGAGAAGAAGAAGAAGAAGCAGAAGAAGAAGAAGAAAACACAAGGAUGCAUCAGAAAGAAAGGAAGGAAGGAUGCACCAAGAGUUGAGGAAUUGCAAAAUGAAAUCAAUCUAAUUGGAAUACCCCAACUUAAUCUACUAUCUAUGCAUGUAUUGAAGCCAAACUAAUAAUGUGCGAGUUGUCGUUUAAUGUCAUAAUCACUGCAUGAUCUUGUGCAACAUGUGGUAUUGUCUCAACAAUGGAUAGGAUGGAGAAGUUGAAGUUAGUCUUCUUUUGGGUAGUGUGACUAGUUCAUAUGCCUUUUAUAUGGUUCGAAGGAUGUCCUUACUCAUAGUCAAGAGGCUUGUGCUUCGUGGAGUCAACAAUACUUAGGAGACACAUUGCUAAGUUGUCACUUUCACAUGAGUUCACCAUUGACACUUUUAAUUAUGCACUAAUCAGAACUUGGCAGGUGUAAAUUUGGAUGUGCCUAGAUUUGUAGAUGUGGAGUACCUUCUUUUUAUUUUUAUAUUGGUAAGAAUUUGGCUUUUAAUGUAAUUAGUCGCAACCCUAAGUGAUG